UGCUCUCAUCCAGCAAUCUCCACAGCUGGCCUGCUGCCAGAGGGUUUGUUGCUCUGGCAAUUUCUGCUGCUUGCGGAGUGCUGAGCAGGCUCAGUCCACUGACUCCGUUGGACUCGCACCCAGCCUGAGACUGCAGUAAACAGCGCGAGGAGAGCAUGACAGCGGCUGAGCAAAGCAGGGCCUGGCUGGCGAAUCCACUCACACAACUGAGUGGGCUGGUCCUUUCAACCCACUUAGGCUGUGCUGCUGCGACUGGAGCUCGCUGGGUGUAUUAUUAACUCCUCUGAAGCUGCAGCGGCAGCAGAGGCGGCUUCAACAAGGCCAGAGACCCUGGCUGAUUAACAGCUUCUAAUAUGGCAAAUGACAGCACAGAAGAACUGCUAGCUACGGAGUCACCAGAGACUGAGAACCACAUAUAUGAAGAAGCAAAAUGGUUCGACAAAGCAGAACAGAACCAACGGAUGGCUGUGGAAGAGCUCAUCAGCACGGAAACUAGCUAUGUCAACAACCUCCAGCUCUGCAUUUCUGACAUACAUGAUCAUCUCCAGAAAAAGCAGCUGCCUGAAAUAGACAUGGAAGGACUGUUCUCUAAUAUAGAUGAUGUCCUGUGCUUUUCCAAACACUUUCUGAAAGGCCUUGAAGCCUUGGCAAACCAGGAACACGAGCAGCUGCUUCAUAUCAGCACGUUAUUCCAAGAGCUCAAAGAGGAGAUGGAAAAUGUCUACAAGGUUUAUUGUGGCAACUAUGAUCAAGCUCUUCUCCUGUUGGAUAUUUACAGAAAGGACCCAAGACUACAAAAAGAGAUUUUGGAUACCCUGCAUGCUACAGUGCCUCACACUGGUGCUUCAGACCUGAGCUUCUUCUUGGUGAUGCCAGUACAACGAGUCACAAAAUACCCACUAUUUUUGCAGAAAAUAUUGGAAAACACUCUGGACAGUGACAAGGCUUAUGAAGCCCUUUCAGCUGCAACAAAGGCUAUGGUAGAGGUCAAUGCCAACAUCAAUGAGUACAAAAGACGCAAGGAAGUAGCAGACAAAUACAACAAAACUGGGUAUCUGACUCUGCGGGAGCGCCUGGCCCGGCUCAACACACAUUCCAUCGCCAAGAAGACCACACGAUUGAGUCGCCUCUUUAUGCAUGAGGCCGGAAUUAUACCUAAAACAGAGGACAAGAAGUUUGAUGACUUGGAAGAGAAGUUUCAGUGGCUGGCAUCGGGUAUAACUGAUCUGAAGGAGAAUGUGGCAUCUUUCCUGAGCAAUGCAGAGAUGUUCCUUGACUCUAAACCCCAUGAGAACGAGUUGAACAUAGAAGAAGCGACUAGACAUCAAUGUUGCCGCCUUGCAGGAAAACUCAAUGGCACCAUCUUACCAGAGUUUAAGCAACGCCUGAAACGCCUUGUGUAUCUGCCACUGUGCAAUUUGUCAGAGACUCUGAAGGGGCCUCAAUCACUUAUCAGGAAGCGCUUGGACAAACUGCUGGACUAUGAGGAACUUGAGGAAAAGAGGAAUGAGACAGGCAGUGUGACGUAUGAGGAGGAGGCUGCCAUGAAUACCUAUCUGGCCAUUAAUUCCUUACUGGUGUCUGAGCUUCCUGUGUUCAACCGUGUGGCCUUGAAGUGGCUGGAGCAGAUUCUGCAUGGUUUUGUGGUUCUUCAGAGGGAUCUGGCCAAGCAAGUUCUUCAAGAGGCAGAGGAGGAGAUAGCCCAGCUGCCACACAAGCACCUUCCUGAAGCUGAUUUCUGGAAGAUGGUGAAAGAUACCUUAAGCCAGGCUGAAAAUCAGCUUUAUUCCUUCUCCAGGAUAUUUGAGAGUGUUAUGCCGAGUCCAGUUGUGCAGCCUCUCAGUCCUGCAGAGGAGAGGAGGGUCCUUUUGCUUGUGAACAGGCAUGGGCCAGACAAACUGUACCAGGUGACAAGCAACAUCAGUGGCAGCAAAGAUAUGGACCUGACACUUCAGAGGGGGCAGGUUGUGGCUCUCCUUCAUGACAUGGACACUAAAGGCAACAGUAAUCGAUGGCUGGUGGAUGCUGGAGGGCCAAGGGGCUACAUCCCAUCUGGGAAAGUCCAGCCGUAUCAUUUAGUCCAAAACCCGAAGUCCAAGAUGGAGACGCUGGCUCCAAACGAUGGGGCCAAUAGGAGACGCCAUUCUUACAAUUCGCCUGAAACUCCCAACACAUCCAUCAGUUUCAUUACACCAGCUUUCCAGGUAGUAGCUGGCUAUGCAUUCACAGCGAGGAGCAGCCAUGAGGUCAGCAUGGCACCAGGCCAGCCAGUAACUGUCCUGGAGCCCCAUGAUAAGAAGGGGAGCAAAGAGUGGAGCCUGGUAGAAGUGAAUGGACAGAAGGGAUACGUGCCUUCCAGCUACCUGGUGACAGUGCCCAUUCCAGAACCACCUGGAUGGAGUUCACCUGCAUGGCCACGUCCAGCUCAGCAGAUGUAACAGCAAGAAAAUGCUCACUUUCAGAAGUCAGCCCUUCUUCCCCUUACCUGGCUUCUUCAUUUCCUCUCCCCGCAGGAACUGGUCAUACAGUGAGGGAAGAGGCAGGUGGUGGGGCCAGGAAGUGAGUAGAUUGGUACGUCUGUACUUUCAUGAGAAGAUUGGAAUAUUGGUAUGAGGCUGCUUACAGUGGUCUUUUGGCCAGCUUGGUGUGGAGAGCCAGUUUGGUGUAGUGGUUAAGUGUGCAGACUCUUAUCUGGGAGAACCGGGUUUGAUUCCCCACUCCUCCACUUGCACCUGCUGGAAUGGCCUUGGGUCAGCCAUAGCUCUGGCAGAGGUUGUCCUUGAAAGGGCAGCUGCUGUGAGAGCCCUCUCCAGCCCCACCCACCUCACAGGGUGUCUGUUGUGGGGGAGGGAGGUAAAGGAGAUUGUGAGCCGCUCUGAGACUCUUCGGAGUGGAGGGCGGGAUAUAAAUCCAAUAUCAUCUUCUUCUUCUUCUUGGCCUAACACCACUAAUAUGAUCCUUCCACAAGUUCUAAAGAUCUACUAAAAAUGUAGGACCGGUCUCAAGAUCUUGGCACCAUCAGUGUUAUUUGGAAAAAUGAUGUUUGCAAAUGGACAGUUCCUGUAGAAUGUGAGGGAUGUGUUCCAGGAUUAACAGUGUCUUCAUUCUGGCAUAAAGAAUGCAAAAAAUGUCCUUAUUUCUGAUAGCUUUAUCUUUGGGUAAAAAAAAGUUUUGCUUUCCUGUGGAAUGAUAUUUAAAUCUGCAAAAUAUUAUUGAGUUGGAGCGGAAGUGAAAUGUUGGCUUUGUGGUUAAUACAAGAGAUUAUAACAGAA